AUGUUUUGGCGAAAACCACUUCCCACCUUCACAGCAUCAACACACUUUGUCGUCCACAACCCCCUCCUCGUCAGAAUGGCCACCGACGACCUAACCAACAAGCCGCUCGCGGUACGGACGACAUCGUCCACCUCCACCGACAGCGUCAGCAGUCAAGAUGGCGCCUCAUUCGACAUCGUAAAAACCUACCGCGAACUCCUCACCUCCGACCCCGACAUGACCAUGCCUGUAGCAGCCAUAGAAUCGCUCAUCGAGCUUUUACGCGUAACCCCGUCCUCGACCGCCAUGGAAACCGUCGAAGUCGUCAAGAUGCAAAAGGCCCGCCUGCUCGACUCGGCGCCCAACCCGCUCCCCUUGCUGGCGGGCGCCGAUCUCUUCGAGCAGUAUCUCCUGCGGUCGCUUAGAGGGCAGACCGCCGAGUCGUUCGACGAGACCAAGCGCCACCUGCUCAAGAACCGGCAGCUGUUCGCCGCGCGUGCCAAGGCCGCCCGCGACAACAUCGCCGUCAUCGGGAGCAAGUACGUUUCCCACCGCAAGAUCGUUCUGGCGGCCGGCGGCUCGCGCGUCGUCACCAAGAUCCUCGUGCACGCUGCUGCCAGCAGGCCGGAUACCCACUUCAAGAUCAUCUAUGUGAUGGACGGCAGCCCGCACUGCGACGCCAGCGUUACCGCCCUCCGCGAAGCCGGGCUCGAGGUCGAGACCAUUUCCACCAGCAAAGUCGCGUACAUCCUCAAAGACCAGAAGGACAUCAACCUCGUGCUGGUCGGGUCCGAAGUGGUGAUGCAAAACGGCGGCAUCAUCAGCCGCAUGGGCACCUCGCAGCUGGCACUACUCACGCGGUUCGCGGGUGGUUCGCAGAAGCGCUUCUUCGUGGCGGCUGAGAGUCACAAGAUUGUGCGCAAGACGCCCCUCUGGCAUCCCCAGGUUUUGCGCGUGGGCGUCAAGCAGAAGGAUAUCAGCAAGUUUGCCAACGUGGGCGUGGACCCGGUCGGCCAGGAGGCGAGGGAUUGGGUCGCAGAUCGCGAUGAGGUGGAUUAUACCGAUCCGGAGCUGAUUGAUGGGAUUGUGACGGAGCAGGGCGUCAAGCAGCCGAGUCAGAUUUGGGAGUUGGUUGAUUAUGAGAAGUGA